AUUAAGUUUCAACAAUAAUAUCGUUUAGGGUAAUUGGAAAAUUUUUAAUCGCAACAAAAGAAAAGGUUUUCUUUGACGUGAGAUUCGCGCAAAUCGGACGUCCGAUUACAGAAACCAAAAACAAACGAUGAUCAGAUUUUGACAACUAAAAACUAAAAAUGACAAAAGACACGUUGUUUAUUUACUUCACCUUUCAUUCGCGACUUUCAAAAUGCAUAAUAAACAAAAUUCCACUUUAGAUACUGACUACACAUCGAUGUGAACACUUAAUGGCUGGACCAAACUGGUACCAGAACAAUGGAUGUGAACUUACGAGUCAAUUGUUGGUUGAUGCGAAGGUCCCCCUUUACUCUUUAGCUGACGUACAACUUCGGUUUUUAUGCCCUAAUGAUUUAGACGAAGUGCGAGCUUUAUGUCAAGAUUGGUUUCCUAUAGAAUAUCCUUAUUAUUGGUACGAAGAAAUAACAUCAAGUAAUAGAUUUUUUUCUUUAGCAGCAGUUCAUGAACGCCGAAUAAUCGGUUUGAUCGUCGCCGAAAUCAAACCUUACGACUCUUUAAACCCCGAAGAUACGGGAAUUUUAGCCAAAUCAUUAUCGGAACAUGCACACGUUGGAUAUAUUUUAUCAUUGGGCGUUGCCAAAGAUUACAGAAGAAACGGAAUAGCUUCGUUAUUAUUAGAUUCAUUUCUACGGUAUUUGGUUACACCUGAAAAAAAGAAGGUUAAAGCUGUUUUUCUUCAUGUUUUAACCUCAAAUACAGCUGCCAUUAUGUUUUAUGAAUCAAGAAAAUUUCAGCUUCACUCAUUUUUACCUUAUUAUUACGCAAUUAAAGGACGUUGUAAAGACGGAUUUACGUAUGUUUUGUAUAUAAAUGGGGGACAUCCGCCAAGAACUUUAUAUGAUUAUAUAAAAUAUGUUUGUGUGACAUUGUUUCGAGGAGGAGGUCUGUUUCCGUGGCUUGUCGGGAACGUUUCGAAAGCGUUAGGUUGGAUUUGGACGAGUCAAACGGAUCAGGAACAUCACAUACAACAACAAUCAAUUGAACAACACAUUGAACAAUAGGGAAAGUGAGGAGAAAUGAGGCCUAAGUGGGACUUGUAAAUAAUAAGUCACUUUUAACACAAAUCGUGAAACUAAAGAAAUGAUAAAAGAGUUGUUGGUUAGUUUAAUUUGGAAUAAUAAAUGAGAUCAAAAGAAUGUGAGAGUAAAGGAAAUUAAAUUUUUGUGGCUGUUAAAAUUCUUUCUGCGUAAUUUCUUAUAUUCGUAGAUUUUUUUAGUUUAGUUUUUCUUUUUGUUACAAAUAAUGCCAAAUGUACCUCUAAGAUUUAGAUUUUAUGAUUUUUUUUUAGUUUUUUUCUAAUAUUUUGUUUGCGUGUAUAUAAUAGGAGAGAAUUUGUUAAUAUAUUAUAUUGUUCUAUUUAU